AUGCAAUCGUAAAAGUCUUUAGAUAACUACACGAUUAAUAAUUAAUCGAAAAGAUUUUCGUCUUUCUGUGGAGGAUCUCAAAAGUUGCAAACUCUAAGAAUCAUCCUAAACUUAUUCUGCAUUUAUAGGUUUCAUAAACAUAAAAUCUAUGAUAUUUUUAUUGAUGGUCGAUCGUUGCACCCAUCAUUAAUUUCAUCCUCUAUAUAAGGACUUCUUUCACAUUCAUUCCAUCAAAUAUAUAGAUUUGGACAACAGACAGAGUUGCUUCUAUUACAGAAAUCUAAGAUGUUGUAUCAAAUCUGAGAAAUUUAAUUUCAAAAGGAUUCUAUUUUAUAUAUGAGAAUGCGAUGAUAUCGAUAGAGAAGCAUUCAUAUGGAAUAAUAUGGAACAGAGGACUAUGCAAAGAACUGUAUAAAAAUAGCUUUUCUCUCCAAAAGAUUUUUGAAAGUUUCAGGGACUAGAUUGGCUUCAAUGGGGGAGUAGAAAGAUGGUAAUGUAACUAAUUUUGAAGAAAAUUCAUAGAUAGUUGUUGUAGCUAAUUUGAAAUGUUAAUUUAAAUAAAUUAGAGCGAGUGUUCCUGGAUAUUGGAGAAUCAGAUCAAAUUGUUUUUACAAAUCAUUUCAAGAAUUUUAUUUUUGAAAGAAUACGAGAGAGUUUUAGCUUCGAACUUAAUGAAUUUAAACAAAUAAGCAGAUCAAAAUUUGUUAGAGGCUUAUGAAUUAAAAGUUCAUCAAUAUUAACCAGAUACAUUAAUUAUAUAUAAGAAUUAUAAUUUUGAUGAAAUCACACAAGGUGUUGAAUUCUAUAGAAUAAUACAAGACAUUAUGAAAAUCAGUAAUUGUGUUUGGCUUGCUUAGAUAGAACCAAUGUAAAUUAGUAGAGAGUUGGAUUAUUGA